GAGCUCAUAUAUGGGAACGAACCAGUCCACUGAGUUGGAUCGAAGAUUCUAGAGAGAGAGUGAGAGAUCAUCGGAGAUUCUUAGAUUUUGGCGAUGGCGGAGAAGUCUGAGACGCUGAUGGAGAAGAUAGCGGAUAAGAUCCACGCACACCACGAUUCAUCUUCGUCGGAUUCCGAUGAUGAUAAGCGCAGGCCUUCGGAUUCGUCCAACAAGUCUAAGAUCUACCGCCUCUUUGGCAGGGAGAAGCCUGUUCAUCAGGUUCUCGGUGGGGGAAAGCAGGCAGAUUUGUUUCUAUGGAGGGAUAAGAAGGCCUCAGCUGCAGUACUCGGUGGAGCUACUGCUAUCUGGAUUCUGUUUGAGUUGAUGGAAUACCAUUUACUCACUCUGGUUUGCCAUUCCCUUAUACUCACGCUGGCAAUCCUAUUUCUUUGGUUUAAUGCAACCACAUUUAUCAACAAAUCUCCACCUCAUAUUCCACAAGUGAGCAUUCCUGAAGAUCUGGCGGUGAACAUUGCGCUUUCUCUAAGGUUCGAGAUCAACCGGUCCCUCGCUACUUUGAAAGAAAUUGCUUUGGGACGAGAUUUGAAGAAAUUUCUUGCUGUGAUUGCUGGUUUAUGGGUUAUUUCCAUUUUUGGGAGCUCCUGCAGUUUCCUUACUCUGUUUUAUAUAGUAUUUGUGCUUCUGCAUACUGUGCCUUUGGUGUAUGAGAAAUAUGAGGACAAAAUAGACUCAUUUGGGGAGAAGGCAACGAGAGAAAUCAAGAAACAGUAUGCUGUAUUUGAUGCCAAGGUUCUGAGUAAAAUCCCAAGGGGCCCUUUGAAGGAUAAGAAGCACUAGAAGAAGGAUUUUAUUUUAAAUGGGUAAUAUCUACAUAAUAAUUUUCAACAAUAUUUGCAUCUUAUUUCCCUCCCUAUUUUGGUUCAGCAAAUGUUAGGGGUUUCAUUUGGAGUGGAUGAACUGUUUUGAUGAGAUUUUUACCAUAUUUUGUAUGUUAUAUUGCGUUUACUUUCCUGUUU